AUGAAUGAAGAAUUAUCAACUGCAAAAUUUGCUAAGAUGGUUUCCGACCAGCUUUCUAUUGGAAUUAACAUCCCAGAAGUUCAAAUUCAUAAUUUAUCCAUGGAUACGGGCAAAGCAACUCUCUUGACAACUCAAUUGGUAUUUGCAACCACUCUAGGUACCGCAUCCUUUUUACUGUUUUGUUUCCUUCGAACUCGUUGGAGCACAAUGUUUGCACCGAGGAGCCGUCUAGUUGGACUUGCUCCUGAACCUCUCCCUCGUUCGUUUUUUGGGUGGAUCGUUCCCUUGUUAAAAAUGUCCGAGUCAGAGGUUUUGGAUCGUGUAGGCCUGGACGCUGCAGUAAUUUUAUCAUUUUUUGGAAUGUCAUACAAAUUAUUUGCGUUCUGCAGUUUAUUCGGAUUGGUUGUACUUUCUCCAAUAAAGUUUACUGGCUACAUUUAUGGUAACCAUAGUAAAAACCCUCAAGGUGAUACUCCAGUAGGAAUUCCUGAACAUGACACGUCGGAACCACUAGAGUCAUAUGGAAUUUUGUUAUCAUACGUUAUAUUCACUUGGGUUUUCUCACUUGCUACAUUUUUUUUCACGUUUUAUAAUUAUCGUGAAUUUUCAAUAAUGCGACAUAAUUAUUACCGCAAAUGGAAACAUACUAUUAGUGCGAGAACUGUGAUGGUAACCGUACUACCAAAGAGCUUACAAACUGAACUUAAGCUCGCUGAGUUUUAUGGUUCGUUAGGUCUUGGAUCGGUUCAAAGUGUGGUUGUUUACAAGAAUGUAAGAAAAUUAAGGCACACACUUGAGAAACGCACAUAUUAUUUAAGGAUGCUCGAAAGGGCCUACCAAGAAUAUUUGGGUAAUCCUUGUGAUUAUCCUGGUUAUGAUCCUGAUGAAGCACUUAAGGAAUUUGAACAAAAUAGGAAAAUUUUGGUUCUUUCAAAUAUUCCUAAACGGCGUCCAACAAUCCGGACUGGUUGUCUGGGUUUAUUUGGUAAAAAAGUUGAUAAGAUUGAGUAUUACACAGAUAAGUUUAACCACUAUGACAAGUUGGUUGAACAAGGUAGACGUGGCAAAUAUAUGCCUACAUCAGUUGGAUUUGUGACAUUUGAGAAUGUUAUUAGCGCGCAACAAGCUGCACAACUUCUUAUAUACGAUGAACCAUUUCAAUGCAAGACUACAAUUGCACCUGAACCUUGGAAUGUGUAUGAUACUGGCAUAACCUUGUCAUUCGCCAAAGAGAAACGCUUAUUCAAAGUAUUUCCAUGGUUAGCAUAUUUGGCUAAAAAAAACAAAAUCUUGAAAUGGAUUAUCCAAAGUACAUUUGCACCUCUUGCGUUGACAGUUUUAAAUAAUCUGUUACCACCAAAACUAAUGUUAUACUUUUCUAGUCUUCAAGGGUUUCAUACCCGUAGUACAGUCGAGCUCUCUACAUUUGCAAAGUACUCAGCCCCCCUGUUCAUUAACUUGGUCGUUCUUCAAGGAAUUGGUUUGUUUCCCGUUCAUCUCUUACAACUAAGUGAGAUUUCUUUUGCUUUGUUUAUGCGUAUAUUCUAUGCAAGAACUCCAAGGGAAUAUGCUGAAGCUAGCGCACCUCCAUUCUUGGAUUACGGUCAAGAAUUACCGCCCGUCAUUCUAAUUUUUGUGAUCGUACUUGUGUAUUCCUCUAUCACACCAAUAAUUCUCCCUCUUGGUGCAAUAUAUUUUUUCCUGGGUUAUUUGACAUAUAAAUACUUAUUACUACAUGUUUAUUUUCACCCUUACGAAACUUCUGGUCUUGUUUGGCCGAAAAUUUUUCAUCGAAUCAUUAUUGGCCUUUAUAUAUAUCAACUCAUGAUGAUAGGGUAUCUGUCUUUAAGAAAUCGUUAUGACAUGGCAUUCAGUUUAUUUCCCCUUCUUGUUGUUACUACCUUAUACUGGUAUUAUGUAAAUGAAGCGUAUGCCCGUAUGGUUGCUUUCAUUCCGUUAAAGACCUUAAGAGAAGAAGGAAGAAUUGUCGAUGAUGACUCAUCUUUUGCGCCUUCAACCUCUAAUUCUCCAAAUCCAUCUAAUAAUGAGUCCUCUCAAAUUACUUCACCUAAUGUUGAUAAAGGUAAAAUAAAUUCUCUGUCAGAUAUGGAAAUUUAUCGUGCGGCUCCGGACUUGUAUACAGAUUAUAGUCAACCACCCAUGACCUUAUACGAUGGCGUACUCAACACUGGAAUGCGGAAUUAUGACGCCCCAGCAUUAGUUGGAAUACUUCCUUGGUUAUGGCUUCCAGUUAAAAGAGACAAACCUAAUGAAUAA